AUGAAUUUGUGUGUUUCAUUUUUAUCAGUUCAACCAAGUAACUGCCCAUCCGGUUGGUAUUAUCAAUAUGGAUCAUCUUGCUACAGAUUUAGCUCUGAAAUUGUUUCUUGGCAUGAAGCUGUGAGGCGAUGUAAAAGUCAUGGAGGACACUUGUUGAAAAUAGAUGAUGCAGAUGAACAAAGUUUCAUAACAAAUACAAUUAACGCUAGUCGACAAAUGCAGGCACUUUGGAUUGGACUUCAUGAUCUUGAUAAUGAAGAUGAAUUUACAUGGGAGCACGAUAAUACACCAGCCAACUUCUCUAACUGGAAAAACGGUGAACCUGAUAAAUCUGGUAGCGAGGAAGACUGCGUAGCAGUCUCUGGGAUUCUCUUUCACAUGUAUAGUCAACCAUACCCUCCUGGGCGAUGGUAUGAUAUUAAGUGUGACAAGAGUGCGCCCUACAUCUGCGAGAAAAAUAGAAAGUUUCCAUUACCAGUUCCAUUACCAGUUAACAUGACGCAGGGAAACGAAACCAUGUGGUCUGCAGCCCUUAUUUACUGCUUGGCUGGUGCUACCUUUGUUGUGAUACUCUUGCUGUGCUGUAUUCUGAGCUUUCGGUACUUCAUAAGGAAAAGACAAAAUAGGAUAGAAAGACAUGUUCGUCCUUUCCGUGAGAUAAUCCCUCUUGACAAGUGGGAAAUUCUUCCUAAGCAAGUACAUUACGAGGAAGAACUAGGGCGAGGAGCGUUUGGUGUGGUUUACAAAGCGACUCUUACGAGAAGAGCUGGAAUAGAAGUGUUUGAAACAAGAAAGACACUAGAGCCAGAAAAACAAUGUCAAGUUGUUGCAGUAAAAGUAUUGCAGGGUGAUCCAAGCGAGGAACAAAGAGAAGCUUUCCUGCAUGAGAUAUUACAAAUGAAGGUGUUAGGUUCGCACCAGAAUAUCGUAUCUUUGGUUGGAUGUUGUACUCUGCAGGAAACCAAGUUCCUGGUGAUAGAGUACGUUCCGUAUGGUGACUUGUUACAAUGGUUACGGAAAAAGAGGCGAUCGGUCAUUAAAAAUCUAGCCUCUGGAGGAAAGAAGACGGAAAAGUUUUAUGAAGAUAAAUACAAUCCCAGUGAUGAGUUGGAAAGAUGCGAACCUUUUAAAAAAAACUUUGACAGGGAUGUAAAACAAGAAAAUAUCGAAUUAACGUCGAUGCCAUCCAGUCCAGGUUAUUAUAACCACGGUGCUGUCAUUUCGCUGUCCACGGUGAAUCUUGAUGAGAGAAACCCUUAUGACGUAAAUGAUGAGAUCAGUGUCGAUGGUUUCUCUACUCAACAGCUGUUUUCGUUUGCUUGGCAAGUAGCUAGAGGAAUGAAUCACCUUGCCGAAAAUGAUUUCGUUCAUCGUGACCUUGCAGCUCGUAAUAUCCUUGUUGGUCGAGAUGGACGAGUGAAGGUGUCAGACUUUGGGUUGAUGCGCCAAGUGUACGAGGACAUUUACAGCAUAGAGAAAAACAAAAAGCUCCCAGUUAAAUGGAUGGCACCAGAGAGCAUCUUCAAGGGUGUUUUCACUAUCAAGAGUGAUGUUUGGUCUUACGGAAUUUUUCUCUGGGAAAUGGCUACUAUGGGCGGUGCCCCAUACCCUACGUUUACCAAUACAGAGCUCUCUAAACUUCUAAAGAAUGGCUAUCGCAUGGAAAAACCUGAUAUGUGCUGCGAUGAAGUAUACGAACUGAUGACGUCAUGCUGGGAGGACGAUCCAACAACUCGCCCCAGUUUUUCGGGGUUGAUUGACAAACUUGAGGCUUUAAUGACGAGGGAUGUAACAUACUGUGAUCUGUCAAAUUGUGAUGAAUCCAGUCCUUACUAUAACAUAUAGGACAUAGUUGACGAAGACAGUAGAUGAGAUAUUUCAACAAGGGUUGUCGCCCAGUCAUCAUCACUUUUAGAAGAUAGCACAGCCUCCCACUUUCUUAUCAUUGUUAAACAGAGAAUUAAAUAUUUCUCUAAAAGAGUUUAUGCGUAAGUCAUUCAUCGCUGUAAUACAAAGUUUAGGGGAAGGGUCAGUGUCCAUUUAUUAGUUGUUACAUUACAAAGUUGGAUCGCAGUUACUAUAGUUGAUUUCUGGAGAAAUGCAGUAUCAUGAGUGUCGCAAUUUGUUUGAGAGCCAGAAACCAGUAUUGAUAAAUAGUAUUGUGUUUAUCUCUAUAAAGCAAAAAGGAAA